UCUGAAUGGGGCAAAUAUCGCCGGUCAGAGCCCAACAAAGCCAAUCGGGAAUCACUGAGAUACCAAUGGAGAACCUGCAGGACAGCUAACCCCCCGAGCCAUUAUCGUCUGAUAUGAAAGUUCACAGCAGGACGUUUGCCGAACCCCGGGGUUUGUUCAAUUAUCAACUGGAUUAAUCGCUUGUUUACGACUUUCUCCUCUCCACAUCACACCGAGCUCGACACACGGUCCCCCACCUGCAGCAAAGCCUUGCAAUCAGAACAUUCCGAGUGCAUUCACAAUGGGCAAGCCUAUCGUUCUCCAGCUCGGCGACGACAUCAAAUGGAACCAUGACCUCUACAAGGACUUCAUCUCAAAGUUCGAGAUUCGCCGGUCGUACAGCAUGCCGCGCGCCGAGUUCAUCCAGGCGCUCAAGGACAAGAAGUUUGGCGACUUCUUUGCCAUCUACCGCCCCUUCUGGAACACGGGGGGUGAGAUGGGCAACUGGGACAAGGAGCUGAUCUCUCUUCUGCCCUCGUCGUGCAAGAUAUACGCCAGCGCCGGCGCCGGCUUUGACUGGGUUGACACUGAGACUCUCGCGAGCCGGGGGAUUGUCUACUGCAACGCCGCUGCCGCGUGCACGGAAUCCGUCGCCGACGGCGCCAUCUGGCUCAUCCUUUCCGCCUUCCGCCUCUUCUCGUGGUCCGCCACCGCCGCCCGCUCCGGCGAUCCCGACCGUUUCGUCGACGCCAACAAGAACCUUGGCGCCGUCUCCCGCAAUCCCAACGGCUUCAGCCUGGGCAUCAUCGGCUUCGGCAAGAUCGGCCGCCGCAUCGCCGAGAAGGCCCACAAGUCCUUCGACAUGAAGAUACUCUACAACGAUGUCGUGCGCAUGCCCCCCGAGCUCGAGAGGCCCUCCGCCGCAACCUUCUGCAAGGACAUGGGCGACCUGCUGGCCACCGCCGACUGCGUGCUCAUUGCGACGCCGUUCGCGGGAAAGACCCUCAUCGACGCGGCUGCCAUCGCCAAGAUGAAGAAGGGUGCCAAGAUCGUCAACAUUGCGCGCGGCAAGCUCAUCGAGGAGGAGCCCCUCGUCGCCGCCUUGAAGAGCGGCCACCUCUCCGCAGCCGGACUCGACGUCCACUACGACGAGCCCCACGUCAACAAGGAACUGAUCAAGAUGAAGAACGUCGAGGUCCUCUCACACAACGCCGGCGCUUCGCUGGAUGCGCACAUGGGCUUCGAGAGGCUGGGCAUGGAGAACAUCAUUUCCUUUGCCAAGACGGGCAAGGCUAUCACGCCCGUCAACACCCACUUGAUUACUAAGAGUCGCUUGUAGUUGGGAAAUUGACACGGAGCAUAUUGUAUAUCUAGCCAAGGAAAUUUACGGAGUUUGGACAAAAAGAAACCAUUAUUUCAAGGCGUUUUUACCUCUUUAUACCUCUCUACCA